CCGCCCCUGUGCACUUCCCCGCCCGGAAGGGGAGACCCCGUAGCGGGCGCGGGGUGGAGCCUCUUUCCUGUGCGGCCGGCGAGGAUGGCGGAGCUCAAGGUUCUGGUCAUCGAUGGCCGUGGCCACCUCUUGGGGCGCCUUGCAGCCAUCGUCGCUAAGCAGGUCCUGCUGGGACGCAAGGUGGUGGUAGUGAGAUGUGAGGGCAUCAACAUCUCUGGAAAUUUUUACCGGAACAAACUCAAGUACCUGGCCUUCCUUCGCAAGAGGAUGAACACUAAUCCUUCCCGUGGCCCGUACCAUUUCCGUGCCCCCAGCCGCAUCUUCUGGAGGACUGUCCGAGGGAUGCUGCCCCACAAAACCAAGCGAGGGCAGGCCGCACUGGAGAGGCUGAAGGUGUUUGAUGGCAUCCCGCCCCCUUAUGACAAGAGGAAGCGCAUGGUGGUGCCUGCAGCUCUGAAGAUUGUUCGCCUCAAACCAACCCGCAAGUUUGCCUACCUGGGACGCCUGGCCCAUGAGGUUGGUUGGAAAUACCAAGCCAUCACUGCCACGCUGGAGGAGAAACGCAAGGAGAAAGCCAAGCUCCAUUACAACAAAAAGAAGAAGCUGAUGAAACUCAGGAAGCAAGCAGAGAAGAACGUUGAAGGCAAGAUUGCUAAGUACACAGAUGUGCUGAAACAGUACGGUAUCUUGAUCUAAACCCUGAUAAAUAAAACAAACCACCCUCCAAACCA